UAAUGGCUUUGAAAAAAGUUAAAGGCAAUUUCGAACGUAUGUUUGAUAAAAAUCUCACCGAUCUGGUGCGAGGUAUACGUAAUAAUAAGGAUAAUGAGGCCAAAUACAUCUCCCAGUGCAUUGAAGAAAUCAAACAAGAAUUGCGACAGGAUAAUAUCAAUGUUAAAUGCAAUGCAGUGGCCAAAUUGACUUAUAUACAAAUGCUUGGCUAUGAUAUAUCGUGGGCUGGCUUUAACAUCAUCGAAGUAAUGAGUUCCUCACGCUUCACUUGUAAACGUAUCGGUUAUUUGGCUGCCAGUCAAUGUUUUCAUCCUGAUAGUGAGCUAUUGAUGUUAACCACAAACAUGAUACGAAAAGAUUUAAAUUCCCAAAAUCAAUAUGAUGCCGGUGUGGCAUUAAGUGGUCUUAGCUGUUUUAUAUCACCAGAUUUAUCACGAGACUUAGCCAAUGAUAUUAUGACACUGAUGAGCUCCACCAAACCUUAUCUACGCAUGAAAGCCGUCCUUAUGAUGUAUAAAGUAUUUCUACGUUAUCCAGAAGCUUUAAAACCUGCAUUUCCUAAACUUAAAGAGAAACUGGAAGAUCCUGAUCCAGGGGUACAAUCCGCUGCCGUUAAUGUUGUUUGUGAAUUAGCACGUAAGAAUCCAAAAAAUUAUCUUCCUUUAGCUCCUGUAUUUUUUAAACUAAUGACAACAUCAACCAAUAAUUGGAUGCUUAUUAAAAUUAUCAAAUUGUUUGGCGCUUUAACUCCUUUAGAACCCCGGCUAGGAAAGAAAUUAAUAGAACCACUCACAAAUCUUAUCCAUAGCACAUCGGCUAUGAGCUUAUUGUAUGAAUGCAUUAAUACAGUUAUAGCUGUGUUGAUCAGCAUUAGCAGUGGUAUGCCAAACCAUAGUGCCUCUAUACAACUUUGUGUACAAAAGUUGCGUAUCCUCAUUGAAGACUCCGAUCAAAAUUUAAAAUAUUUGGGGCUCUUGGCCAUGUCAAAAAUCUUAAAAACUCAUCCGAAAAGUGUUCAAGCCCAUAAAGAUCUAAUUCUGGCUUGUCUGGAUGAUAAAGAUGAAUCGAUACGUUUACGAGCUUUGGAUUUACUCUAUGGCAUGGUAUCAAAAAAGAAUCUCAUGGAAAUCGUAAAACGCCUUUUGGGUCAUAUGGAACGUGCCGAGGGUUCCAAUUAUCGUGAUGAACUUUUAUAUAAAGUUAUUGAAAUUUGUUCACAAAGUUCAUAUUUGUAUGUAACCAAUUUUGAAUGGUAUUUAACGGUGCUUGUCGAAUUAAUACAAUUGGAGGCUGGUUCCAAACAUGGUCGUUUAAUUGCUGAACAAUUAUUAGAUGUUGCUAUAAGAGUGCCUGUUGUUCGACAAUUCGCUGUAAAGGAAAUGACAAAUCUGCUGGAUACAUUUUCUAUUUCAUCUCAAAGUAAUUCAAUGUAUGAAGUUUUAUAUGCAGCUGCCUGGAUUGUUGGAGAAUUUUCCAAUGAAUUAGAGGAUGCAGAGCAUACUCUGAAUAUUCUACUCAGACCACGUCAAGUGCCGGGACACAUACAAAGUGUGUUUGUACAGAAUGUUGUUAAAUUGUUUACACGUUUGGCCACAACAUGCCUAGAAAAUGAAGAUCCUGAAGGAUUAGUUAGGCUUUGUAAUCAUGUUUUGGAAAAACUACAAGAUUUCAAUAGUUCCGAUGACAUUGAAGUCCAAGAACGUGCCAAUUCCGCUUGCAUUCUCAUCGAAAUGUUGAAAGCUCAAUUUAAUGAUCAGGAUGAUGCCUACAAUCAUCAGCAUCAUCAUCAAGUCGAUUUUAUUGGUUCCGAUGAGACUGGUGUUGUUGAAACAACACAAAGACGAAUCUCCACAAUACCCACAUUGGCUAUUGAAAUUGUUCAAGAAAUGGCUUUAUUAUUUGCCGGUGAUCUCAUACCGGUAGCACCAAAAGCUCAACGGAAAGUUCCUUUACCCGAUGGCCUUGAUUUAGAUGAAUGGAUUAACCCGCCACCUGAAGAUGAUACCGACGAAUCGUCGCAUGAUGAAAAGGAGGAACUAUUUGUUAGUUCGUCAGCCCAAUUGGAUGAGGGCGGCAGCGGCGGCAAACGAAGGCCCAGCGAAGAACUGACACCAGAACAAAUUGAACGUCAACGUAUGCAACGCAUGAUUGAACAAUCCAAUAAUCCACACUAUUUGAAAUCGACACCCUCCACGCCGGAUGUUGGUUCUAUGCAUGCUCGUUCAUUGAGCAGUAAUAAUUCACAACAUAAUGCCGAUCAAUAUGACAAUAUUGAUGAUAUACCAAUUGCGGAACUAUCAUUAGACAUUCCAUUAAAAGUUGGAGCCACCAAACGUUCAGAUCAAUAUUUACUGCAAGAGACUGCUAACAGCAGCAGUAAGGAUAAGAAAAAACACAAAAAAUCCAAAAAGAGCAAAAAAUCAAAAUCAAAGACUACAUACAAUUCAACAUCGGAAUCAGAAGAUGAUCCCAAACCUAUGCACAUUGUCAAUACAACACUGGAUAUGCCUGAAGGUGUUUCAUUAUCGGAUGGCGAUGAUAAAGAUGGCAAAUUUGAUUCAGAUGAUCCUCACAGAGCAUUAGAUAUUGAAUUGGAUAUGUAA